AUGUCCUUCAUCUCCGGAGAAACUCUUGCCGAACAUGCCAGCCGCGACAGUUGCUGGAUCAUUGUCCAUAGCAAGGUCUACGACGUCACAGACUUCUUAGACGAGCACCCAGGAGGGAGCAAAAUCAUCUUGAAGUAUGCGGGCAAGGAUGCAACUGAAGCUUAUGAGCCCAUCCACCCUCCUAAUGCUAUCACGGAUAAUUUGCCCAUUGAGAAACACAUCGGCGCCAUUGAUCCCAGCACAAUUGUUAAAGCCAUAAAAGAAGUCACAGAAGAAGAUAAAAGACGGCAAGCGUUGAUGGACGCUAGGCCUCCUCUCGAUGAGAUCCUAAAUUUGCACGACUUCGAGGCAGUUGCAAAAGCCGUACUUCCUCCGAAGGCUUGGGCAUACUAUUCCUCUGCAUCAGAUGAUGAAAUCACCAUCCGCGAGAAUCGAGCUGCCUUCCAAAGAGUCUGGUUCCGGCCAAGAAUAUUGCGCGAUGUCACUUCAGUCGAUUGGUCGACGACCAUCCUUGGAUGUAAAUCUUCCCUCCCUAUCUACAUCUCCGCUACCGCCCUUGGUAAACUUGGCCACCCCGACGGUGAAUUGAAUCUCACCAGGGCGGCCGCAAAACAUGGAGUUAUCCAGAUGAUUCCAACCCUCGCUUCUUGUUCCUUCGACGAAAUUGUUGACGCUGCUACUCCAGGUCAACCCCUCUUCCUUCAGUUGUAUGUAAACCGUGACAGAGAAAUUACCAAGAAAUAUGUACAGCACGCAGAGAAACGAGGUGUUAAGGCACUUUUUAUUACUGUCGAUGCACCCCAACUUGGACGUCGUGAAAAGGAUAUGCGCAUGAAGUUUGUCGACGACGGAGCUGGUGCAAAGGUCCAAGAAAAUCAGAAGGAUGUCAAGAAGGAUCAAGGUGUUGCCCGAGCCAUCAGCUCAUUCAUUGAUCCCAGUCUCUCCUGGAAAGAUAUCCCAUGGUUUAGGAGCAUUACCAAUAUGCACAUCAUUCUCAAAGGUGUUGCCACUCCAGAAGAUGCUAUUCUAGCAUACGAAGCAGGAUGCCAAGGAAUCGUUCUCAGUAACCACGGUGGUCGACAGCUUGAUACGUCGCGCUCCGGCCUUGAGAAUUUGGUUGACAUCGUUGCUGCGCUGAAAACCAAAGGGCCUUGGCCUAACCCCAACUUCGCUGUCUUUGUAGAUGGUGGUGUUCGUCGUGCUAGCGAUGUACUUAAGGCGAUUGCUCUGGGUGCCUCCGCAGUUGGCGUGGGUCGCGGUUUCUUGUACGCUUUCUCUAGUUAUGGACAAGAGGGUGUCGAGAGGGCUAUUGAAAUCUUGCGGGACGAGUUUGAAAUGAACAUGCGGCUUCUGGGGGCCCGUUCCAUCAGCGAAAUCGUUCCAGAGAUGGUUGAUGCCAGUGCCUUACGCUCGCACGCUGGUCUAACCCCGACUGACAACUUGUACAACACAACAUACCAACCUCUUAGCCUUGCUGCUUUCAAAAAUAAGUUGUGA